GGUCGGAUAUUUUUUUUUCCUCCUCCGAUUCAAAAAUUCCCUUUUCAUGUUCCUUCCGUAAAACCCCAAUUCCCCUGAUUCAUCUUCCACACUUCCUCCUAAACCCCAACCAUGGCCUCGCACUUCUUUUCCACCAUAACCAAACAUUCCCUUAAACCCUAUUUUCUCUCUCCUCCAUUUCCCCAAAACCCUGUUUUCUCUCUCCUCCAAAAAACUUCCCCAUUUUCCACCUCUUUUCUCAUCACAAAAACCCCCAAAAAAUUCAAAAAACGUAAGAAAAAGCCCAGCCCUCGUACUACCCCUAUUCAACACCCUUCUUCCUUUAUCCCCCACUUCGAAAAUCUCGCCAAUCGAGAUAAUUUCUUCCGAUUUCUCAUCCGAUCCAAACAAUUCCUUAUCAAACAACCCGAACAUAUUCUCCGUUUGGAUGACGCCGGAAAACUUUUCCGCGAACUGGGUUUUCCCCGCGGAAGAAAAGUCACUAAAUUUUUGGCCAAACACCCCCUUAUCUUCGAAGUUUACCGUCAUGAAAGUAACAAAAUGUGGGUGGGUUUUACUGAGUUCAUGGAGAAUUUACUGGAGGAGGAGAAAAAAAUUAUGGGGUGUAUGGAAUUGGAGAGGGUAAAAGUUGUGAGGAAGCUUUUAAUGAUGUCAAAAGAUAAAAAAAUGGCAUUGAGUAAGAUUUAUCAUUGUAGGUUAUUGUUUGGAGUUCCUGAGGAUUUUAGGGAUUGGGUGUUGAAAUUUCCUGAGUAUUUUAGGGUUGUUGAUGGUGAAGAUGGAAGUAGAGUGCUUGAAUUGGUGAAAUGGGAGCCGGGUUUGGCGGUUAGCGCGUUGGAGAGGGAGUUUAUGGUUGAUGAGGAGAAGGUUAAGAGGGCAUUAAAGUUUCCUGUGAAACAUGGGAAGGCAUUGGAUUUGGAGGUGGAUGAUGUGAGGAGGUUGAAUUUGUUGAAUACAUUGCCGUUGGUUUCGCCUUAUUCGGAUGGGUGGAAGCAUGAGUUGUGGAGUUUGGAGGCAGAGAAGUAUAGAGUUGGGAUUAUACAUGAGUUUUUGAGUUUGACAUUGGAGAAGAAAGCUUCUAUACAUCAUAUAGUGGAGUUUAAGGAGGAGUUUAGUCUUACUAAGCAUACUUAUCAGAUGCUUAAUAAGCAGGGUAGGGCGUUUUACUUGGCUGGUACUGAGAUGAAUUGGGUUGUUUUUUUGAAGGAUGGCUAUGAUGAUAAUGGAAAUUUGAUUAAUAAAGAUCCUCAAGUUGUUUUUAAUGAGAGAUUAUAUAGGUAUGCUCAAAUGCAGCAUCCUGAUGAAUUGUGUCGUGAUAGUGAGAAUGAAUCGAAUGGUGGCAAUGAAGUUAGCUUAAUUGAACGAGAAGAAAGGGUAUCAUUAGGUAAAAUUAGAUGAUUUUAGUUGUGUAUUUGUAUAAUGCAAUUGUAUACUACUGUUUUAGAAAUCUCUAAUAGUAGAAUUUCUUGAACUGAACUUAUGAUUGUGAUAUCACCUUUUUUGAGCCAACAAUUGUGUGUAAAACUGGCCAAACUGUGCCUUUUUUGCUCUCUAUUGCCUUGUGUAAUUUGGGAACACUGUAUGUUAUAUCUCCCAGUUACCUAAUUCGUGGUAUACCACUUUACUUUCAACGUAUCUAAUGUAAUUUUACUUUCAUA